AUGAACGGCGCCGCAGCCUCGUUGUUGCUGUUGUGGUCGCUGCAGGGCACAGCAGCCUUUACACAGCAGCAUCGUCCGAUUUCAUCAACGAGGCUGCAGCAUCACAGCAUCAAGGAUGACGCGGACGAUAGUGUAGGUUACGAAUCGACCGAACUCUUUGGGGGUGAUUUUUGGAAGGGAUUGCCGGGUGACAAGAAGAAGGCACCGGAAGGUCCCUUUGGUGCGUUUCUCCAGAAUUUGCACAAUCGAGAUGACGGCAAAAAGCCCACUGUCACGGCUAGUCCUGCUACUCCGUCUGCUGGUUCACCACUCGAUCAAGUGGGAGAGUUUUUCCAGAAUUUGCAGCAGCCACCGCCGUCCGAACCGGUCACGCCAAUUCCUUCCUCUCCUUUGGAACAAUUGGGUGAUUUUCUCAAGAAUAGUUUUCAACUGCCGCAGUAUGAUCACCCAAAGGCAUCCACAGCAGUCGAAGAAAAUUCAAAAGACAAAAAGGAGGAGGAGGAGGUCCUUGUGAUUCGUGGUGGUACGGUCCAUGCGACCAACAAAAAGGAUGCAGCUUUGCCAAAGGAUGUGGAUGCCUUGUUGAACAAGGUUGACAUUAGUGCCGUCUUGGGACCUUCGGUACUGGACACGAGCUUUUUGCAGCAAGCCAACAAGCGCAAACAGCAACUAGAAGAAGAAGAAAAGGAACAACGAGACGAAGAAGCAAAAAAGAAUGCGCUCGGAGGAUUUGGUCGAUUUUGGGGAGUUCACAAGGACGAAGAAGAAAGCACGAACAGUGAUGUCGGUCGAGUGGGGCAAGACAUUUUUCAGCACAAGGGAAACCACAAGCGUCGUUCCAGGUCGUCUCGUCGCAUGGCCUACAGCAUGAGCAGCGACGACCGCAAUGGCAACAACGACGAUGAUGACGAGAAGAGCAACGGUCCCGUCACGGCCACCAUUACCAUGCCGGAAGAACCCACAGGACGCGGAAUUAUCAAGGGGGCGGGCAAGCAGCUCAAUGGCAGUGCCAUUGAUGGAUUUCGGGAAAUUGCCGAAGAAAAGGCAAAAAAGGCGAAUCGAUACAAUAUCGAUGACAUGGAAGAGACGCCGUUUUACACGGCGUACGGUCGCAUUCCACGACCCGUCGAGACACCCAAGCGCACUGCCAGGAGUAGGAAGAGUCCCUCACCGUCGCCGUAUGGAGAUGUCCGCAAUGGGUGGUUCUGGCCCAAGAAGGCCGAGCCCAAGGCACACACAGUGGACGAUAAGCCACCCGAGCUCUCCAAGACAACAACUCCAGAAGACGAUGGCGCCCCCAAAACGAGCACCACCAUGACUACGACGACCACUACUACCACCGCCGCGUCCUCCGAGGAUGACAACACCAAGAACCAGCAAUUGUUAGACAAGGACUAUCAACGUCCUUGGUCAAUGCCGGCUCCAUUCACCUCUGGAGCUACGAUUGAUGUUAAAGCCACACCGGUGGAAGAGGAAGUCACCACGAAUGGAAUUGCGAACAACGGGAAGGAAUCACCUGCGUCUUUGGAGCUGCUGAACGCUGCUGUCACGACGUAUACUGCUCCAGCAACCAAUGGAAGAGUGGCAGCCUCCCCUCCACCAGCCAGAAUCAACUUGAACGAAUUGAAUGAUGUCCAGCGCCUUCGGGAGAAACGAAAUCAACUCAAUGGAAGCAGCAAAGCGAGGGCGGCGACCCCUGUAUCGCAGUUCCAAUCGUUUGGUCCUCCACCAAACUAUCCUCGUAACUUGAUUCCGCAAAAGCCCCCAGCUGCGACGACCGCCCCAACUGCAACCAACAGCUCUCCCACCACAACUACAAACAACGUCAACAGCGAAUCCUUUCUGGACGAAAUCAAGCGUGGCAAGGCAAUGCUCAAGGCAGACUACAACCUGUUGCAUCCGAAAACCGCGCAACCAAAGGAUUUUAAUCCACAGCAUUAUCAACGCGCCAACGUGCAGCGUCGAGAAAGGGAGAGCCAGUUACAGCGAUCGGCGGCGUCUCCCUCGCAACCUCCAGCGACUUCAUUUAUGGAUGCCUUUAAGCAUAUACCCUUGCCCACCCCCAGCAAGAAGGAGGAAGCAAGCGUCUUGUCGCCAGCCGCCCCCGCGGUAGAAACCGUCAAUGACAGAGCUGAAAGGACCAUUGACCACAGUGCAUCGGUUCUUCGUGCCUUGUCGCUUCGAUCGUCCAAUCCCAAUCAAAGCAGCAGCAGCAACAGUGGUGAAACCGUUGCAACAGCUACAAGAUUGAACACCGUUUCACAAACACCCACAUUGCGCCCCAGCCCCACGACGCAGUUGGUCAGCUCGCAGCGCAUGCGGGAACAGCAGCAGUUGCAGGUGCAAGAAUUGGCCCAAAAGAGAGCAGAAGAGAAAGCCCGACUGGCAUCGUUAGAACAGUCCACAAAACAGUCAAUGCACCAGCAACAAAGACGAACUUCACCACUCAAAAAGCUCCGGAAGUGGAUGCGAAAACCAUCCUCAAGCGGGGAGAGUGACUAG